AUGUCCCUCUCACCCGCCGUCCGUAUCGCGAGGACCGCUGCUCAGCGGUCCACCUCCCUCCUCCAUGCGAUCCAGUACAAUCACCCGCCGAAUUGCCCUUGUCACUCGAAUCCCAAUCACCACCAUAGCCCAGCUGUGUUCGGUGAGGCCCGGCGGCGCCUGGCCACGCCCAUCGACCACUCACGAACCAGAGAGUACGCGUUUGAGUUGGCCGCCAGCUCCAUCCGAUUCGGCCCAGGCAGUACCAAAGAGGCGGGCAUGGAUUUGAAGAACAUGGGCGCCAAGCGGGUCUGCGUGGUGACGGAUGGAAAUGUCGCGAAACUCGACGCGUUGAGGCAUGCGAUUGACGGUCUGACCAAAGAGGGGAUCGAGUUUACAGUCUAUGACAAGUGCCGAGUUGAGCCUAAGGACAGCUCGAUCAAGGAUGCCAUUGCAUUCGCAAAGCCCUACCAACCCGACGCGUUCUUGGCCGUGGGAGGAGGGUCGGUGAUUGACACGGCCAAACUGAUGAAUCUCUACACCUGUUACCCCGAUGCGGAUUUCUUGGACUUCGUCAAUGCUCCGCUCGGCAAGGGCCUGCCCGUCGAAAAGCGUCUCAAGCCUCUCGUGGCGGUCCCGACCACCGCAGGAACCGGGUCAGAAACCACGGGGACGGCCAUCUUCGACCUGGUCGAGAAGCGGGCAAAGACGGGCAUCGCGCACCGCAAUCUGAAACCCACGCUGGGAAUCUGUGACCCGCUCAACACCCGCACCAUGCCGUCGGCCGUUCACGCCUCGUCGGGCUUGGACGUCUUGUGCCAUUCCCUCGAGUCCUGGACCGCCAUCCCGUAUUACGAGAGAACACCGCGGCCGACCAACCCAAUCAACCGUCCGGCGUACCAGGGCGCCAACCCCAUCUCGGACAUCUUCUCCCUCCAGGCUCUGAGAUCGACCGUGAAGUAUCUGCCUCGGGCGGCCAAGGACCCUGAGGACUUUGAGGCGCAGAGUGAGAUGCUUUUGGCCGCCACUUUGGCCGGUGUGGGGUUUGGAAACGCUGGCGUCCACCUGUGCCACGGUAUGAGUUAUCCCAUCAGUGGCCAGAACCCGGGAUACAAACAUGCGGGCUAUCAGGUCGAGACGCCCAUCAUACCUCACGGAGUCAGUGUGGCGGUCACCGCCCCGGCCGUGUUCAAAUUUACGGGCUCCAGCAAUCCAGACCGUCAUCUGGCGGCGGCAGAGUGCUUUGGCAUAGAUAUCUCAAAUGUCAAAAGAGAAAGUGCCGGCGAAGUCCUCAGUGAAGCGUUGGCCGAAUUCCUCAUCAAACUGGGCGAUCAGCCUCGAGGCUUGAAGCCGCUAGGAUUCUCACGGGAUAGCAUUGACGACUUGGUGGAGGGCACCUUGCCGCAGAAGAGAGUGCUGAUGCUUGCCCCGCGGCUGAGCGAAGAGUUGAAUGAGGAGCGGCAGCAGCUCCGAGCACUGUUUGAGGAGGCUCUGGAGUACUGA